GUAAUAAAAUUCAAUGAUUUGCAAGCGUUGCUCGUUAGUAAGUCUAUUCAUGAUGAAAUGUCAAAGCAUACUGAGCAUCUUUCUCUUUGACACCAUGUCUGAAAUCCCACGUGAUCUGUCAAAUACUAAUGCAUGAAAAUCCUAACCUCAAAAAAAUCACCCGUUAUUUAGUGUAUGCACGUACAUACAUACAUACAUAUGGUACGGUUUUCCUAGGUAAAACUUAGCGAAAAUCAAUACCUAAACUGGUUUAGUACAUAUACAUAUAUUCUAAAUCAUUUCAUAUACACAUAUGUACAUGUAUAUAUCCUUAAAUAUUUGUAUGUUUAUCUACUAACUUUGGUCCGACUCCAACAAACUAAUAAUUAAAAUUUUUACUAUGAUACAUUUCCGGCAGUACCCCUAAUGCUUAAUAAAGUAAUAAGCAGGACCCGGCAUACAAAAAUUGAGAAGGACAUAUUUGAAACUAUAAACUAAAAAAUAAAAACAGAAAAAAAUACAUACAUAUAAGCAUAUUUAUUUAAUGCAUAUACCAUAUACGUAUAUUAUACCUACAAAUUGCGAAACAUAUUUACAAAGUGCAUACUUACAUAUAGAGGUGUGCACCUUUAUUUCAAUUCCGUUUUCGCACUCUCUUCACAUUGCAUAAACAAGCAAGCUUACAAAAAGCAAAUUGUUCUCCUAACGAGCUCUCAAUUGCACAAAACAUAAGUACCUACAUACGCAUGUACAAGUACACGUAUUAGGAUGUGCCUAAUUACACAACAUUAGGACAUAGAAAAAUACUUAAAAUUAAUAUUGCGCUUUGAAAGCAACGCAUAUAAUAAAAUAAAUAAAAAAAAAAAGAAAAUAACCCGUCUUUUACAACAAAAAAAACGUAUAUACUUAAAAAGUAUUCAGCUCUUACUGAGAAACCUCUAAUUCAUUUUUAAAAAGUAUUUCCACAUACAACCAAAAUAAUGAAAAAUAACGAAAAUCAAAGUACAUCUGGAGCUACACGCUCAAAACAGGUUGCUAGAUUUAUUUCAGAAAGUGACAGUUUAACAAGAUACUGCACUAGAUUUGCCUCUUUACCGAUUCACGAAAACUCGGAAUCGUUAUUAGAAAUAAAAAGGCAAAAUCUCGAAAAUUUUGGACUCCCUCUAAGCGGCUCAUGACGCCAUAGUAGAUUCUGACAAUUCAGAUCUACCACAAAGCUUUAAAUCAUCGGCUUACGAUAUUUUUGAAAACUGCUUGGACCAAUAUGAAGAAACGAAAGCUAUGAUCUCCGAUCAAUUAAAGCUCAUUAAAGCAAUUGCACCUACUCCCCACAGUAGAGUAGAGCUGCCACAAAUAUACAAUCAAGAGGCAAGUUCAGGCAUCCAACUCGAGGUGCCUGAAUGUGAUACAGAAACCUUUUACGGAGGUUAUGAAGAAUGGCCGUCCUUUCGGGACAUGUUCACAGCCGUUUACAUCAACCAUCCACAACUAUCAAAGGCACAAAAACUGUAUCACCUACGAUACAAGACAAAAGGUCAAGCAGGCGUCAUAGUAAAACAGUUCGCUCUUAAUGACGAUAAUUUCAAUUUGGCUUGGGAAGCUCUAAAAGCGAGAUAUGAAAACCAAAGAAUACUGGUCGAUAAGCAAGUAACAACAUUAUUAAACUUGCCGCAAAUCAAAAAAGAAACAAGUGAAGAAUUUGUAACACUACAAUCCACUGUUUCUAAUUGUUUGUCGAUUCUAUCGACAUUAAAUAUUCCCACAGAUAGCUGGGACCCAAUUCUGGUAAACAUUUACACCGACGCAUUACCAGAAAAGUCGUUACUUCUAUGGGAGCAAUCACUCUCAUCACGAAAAAAGUGCUCAACGUGGCAACAAAUGAAAGAUUUUCUCACCACCCAAUAUGAAAUUGCGGAAAGGUUAGAAGAAAAAAUAAUCAAAACUAAGAACAUUAAACACGACCAAAAUAGAAGCUUAAAUAGACCCCAAGUUAGUAACAAAAUCAAUUCAAACAAAAACUUUUACAAAACGCAAUCGUUCACAUCCGAACAGAAAAAACAUACGUCAUGCGAACUAUGUAAAAGACGGCAUAAACUCAUAUCUUGCCAGAGGUUUAAAAACUUAAAUAUUAACGAAAGGAACAACUUUUUCAGAUCAAAAAGACUCUGUACAAACUGCUUGUCCAAUACACAUAAUCUUAAAAAUUGCAAAAGCAAAUUUAACUGCUUAUAUUGUCAUAAAAGACAUCAUACAAUGCUUCAUUACAGCAGAUAUCCGAUCUCUUCCCAAAGUAGCGCUUUCUCCAAAAAAGCCACGGGUUUAGUUACAACCGCAACUCCCGAAACACGAAAUACUAAAAAUUGUCAAGAGACACCAUAUUGCUCAAAGGCACAAAAAGUUCAAACGCUGCACAGCGAAACACAAAGUGGACUAAUUACCGAACUAGUCACAACCAUACCAACUCAAGUUGAGUACAAUACAAAUAAACACCUUAAUUCACAAUUAAGGAAAUUUCAAACUAUAGAAGAUCAGUAUUGUGAGGACUUUUGUAAAGCCACAACUACUCGAUCAUAUAAUGGUCGGUACGUCGUACGACAACCACUAGAGCCACAAUUUUCGAAUACCCCACAUAAUGGUAGAAAAAACAAAGUCAGAUUCCCCCUGACAACUUCAUAUAAAAACAAAAAGAUAUGUUCGUAACUUUUCGACCCCGCAGGAUGGCUUUUGCCAAUAAUGAUACAAAAAACCUGCUUAAAAAAUCUCUAACUAUGUGGCGCGGUACUAAACGUCAAAUUAGUGCAUAUAAACAUAUAAAAAAAAAGUGUCUCAAAAAGUAAAAAAAAAAAAAAAUUGACACUUUUCAUACAAUAUUGCCCCACAGAGGCUUAAAUUUUCAAAUAAAUAAAAUCUCAAAAGCAAGUUAAGUGAUCACCAUACUCCCAAUGCAAUACUGUGACGCACCUAGACUUAACAAAAGCAAAGGUAGCUCUUAUCGCACCUACUUACAUUAGCGCUUAUCAUAAGGGUAGUUGGUGAGAAUCACAUACCACUUAAAAAAUUAUAAUUCUAAUGAAGCCGUUCGCAAUUACCGGCCACUCUCUCGCAAGAUCCCUCCUUUGUCACAGUCCUAACUCCAGAGCUAAGGAGUACCCAUUCUGGCCAUAUCUGAGCCAGGCGUGGAGUUACUAUCCUUUAUUAGCCGAGAAUAAAUUAAAUGCAAACAAUUGCCGUUCAUACAGAAAAGGCACCAAACUGUAUACCAUACCGAUGAAAUAAGAAAUUUUAAAUAACCGCCAAUUAAAUGAAUAAAAGCAAACAACGGAUACAUUUGUUUGCUAUAAUAAUGGGUUGUCAAAAAAGCAAAAUCAAAGAAACAACCGCUUUCUAUAAUAACUACGAAAAGCAGUUACAAACUCGUAAAUGCGUAUCAUAUAGUUUCAUAUCGUAUGAACGUAAAAGCAAAUACAUACAUAUGUUUAAAACCAAAGCCAUUUUCAGCAUUUAUUCUGAGCCCUCGGGUACUCUACUAGCAGUACACCGAUAUACAUUCCAACGCAUAUACGUACACAACACUAGGCAAAAUAUUCGCCUAUUAAAUGAGUUAAGCAUCCGCCUACUUUACCCGAAAAAAUUGGCGCACCCUAUUACGACGACGCAAUUCACCACAGCUGAUGACACCACAACCGAACACCAACACAUCUCACUACAGCUGUACAUCAACCCACUCAUCAAAAGGGAUAGAAAAAAAGGGAAAGCGGACACAAUUCGACUCUCAUAAUUCGACCAUCAACAUUCGCUUAAACACUGCGCCGGGUCGACAUCUACGCUCUUCUACCGCAAUUCUACAUUUUUGACUUCGAUGCGCGGAAACUUGAUCGCCAACAAAAUCAAAUAAUCUUCGGCAUUGGAUUCUCGCCGCCUCACUUGUUAACAUUUAGUUUUAUUACAAUUAAAAGUUAUAGAAUUUUUGAUAUUACAAUUUAUAAGUUCGUGCUUUAUAUUGUCAAAAUAAAAACAAAAUUUAUUUUUAUUAAAGAGCUUGUAUGCUAUAUAAAUUUUGUAUCCUUUUAUUCAUUUUAGCGAAAAACUAUUGAAUUUCUUUUUAAUGUAUUUCAGUAAAAAAUCACUUGAAUAUAUUUUUAGCGAAAAAUCACUUUGUAGUCAGCACUCGCUUGCUACGGACCGCCGGAGAAUAUGUUGUCGCUACGAACGGGAAUCGAAAAAAAGGGCCGUUGCUCGUUACUGCUGAUCCUUUUAAGGCCUACUGAGUGGUGAAUACGCUGUAUGACGGCCUAACUAUAUGAUGUUGUCAUGAGUGUUGUCUUCAUGUGUGAUGUAUUCGUGUGUGGUGUCUUCAUGUGUGGCUCGAAUUGGUGUGGUGUGUUAUCGUCCAAGGACGUGUGUUGAGGGGGGAGCGUUUCGUUUCUAAUUGUUGAAAUUAUUUAAGGGAACUAUAAGUACGAACUCGAAGAUCUUGUUUUUAUUAAUUUAAUAAUUAUACCCUGAACCGGUUAUAUUAAGUUUGUCACACAGUUUGUAACACCCAGUAGGAAGCGUCGGAGACCCAUAAAGUAUAUAUAUAUUGAGCUGAGUCGAUUUAGCCAUGUCCGUCUGUGCGUCCGUCCAUCUGUGCGUCCGUCCGUCUGUAUAUAUACGAACUAGUCCCUCAGUUGUGCGAUAUCGUUUUGAGAUUUUGUAAACAUCAUUUUCUCUUCAAGAAGCUGCUCAUUUGUCGGAACGCCCGAUAUCGGACCACUAUAACAUAUAGCUGCCAUACAAACUGAACGAGCGGAAUCAAGUUCUUUUCUAUUAUUUUCUAAGGCAACAAGUUAAUCUCUGAAAAAAUUGUUCAGAUCGGCUCACUAUAGCAUAUAGCUGCCAUACAAACCGAACGAUCGGAAUCAAGGGCUUGUAUGGAAAACUUUCGCAUUUGACGUGGUAUCCUCACGAAUUUUGACAUGGGUUACUGCUUAAGGUAAUAAUAUAAUCUCCGAAAAAAUUCUUUAGAUUUGAUUACUAUAGCAUAUAGCUUCCAUACAAACUGGACACAUAGUUACUAAAUGAAAUACAGCUGUGAGGGGUAUAUUAGCUUCGGUGCAGCCGAAGUUAAUGUUUUUUUUUGUUUUUAUUUAAUUAUUAAUACAUUAUUUUUGUCAGUUUUAUGUUUGGCACUAAAUUAAUUCAAAUAUUAGAAAUGAUAUAUUUUAUGUAACACUAUAUUUAACACGUGUUCUUUUUAAGGUUAUUUCAUCGAACGCCAACCUUUUUUUCGAACAAAAAUUUCAAUUGAUUUAGGUUUAGAUUAGGUUUUUUAUGAGUAAUAUAUUUUUAAGUACCCACUUGGAAAUUGUUUAAAUAAUCACUUACACUUUUAAAUAUUUUCAUUAAUGAUGAAUUUUUUGUUUCGCAGUGCUUCGGGAUUCCUUAUUCCUUUCGGAAUUUAUGAGUUUCUGGUCCUUUAGAAUUCCUAAUUUCUUUUGCAGGUCCUUGGUACUUCAGAAUUCUUAUGUUCUUUUUGCAAGCCCUUGGCCCCACAUUGGGCGCCAGUUAAAAACCUAAUUAUUUAGUAUACAAUUAUUCAUUUCUGAUGUUAAUAUCUUCACGUUAACAUUACAUCUACUCUGACUAAGGUAAAGCCGAAGCAUACUUGUAUAUUUCACUGUUUUUCCAUGUUGGUGCAACAACAAUUUAUUUGUGGCUCCUUUUACAAAAGGUAAAAUAUCAUUGUUGGUAUGCGAUCUUACUCUUUAGUGUUUUACGCAUCACCUUCAGAAUACCGCCCAACAAAGAGUUAUGUUGUUGUUGUGCGCUCUUGUUGGUGAUAACAAUAACACACACAAAGGUUGUGGCAUUUAACCGGGAUUGACUGUGCUUUGGUUGUAUCGAUUAGUCGUUGUCGAGACAGUAACCGAAUAACUUUGUACUAUAUAUAGUGAUUCUGAGCGAAAUAAAACACGUGUUUGCUCUUCAGGAUCCAAAUGUAAAAAAGGAACGAUAGACGUUUUUAUUUUCUUUAACUAAUCUAAAGCGAAUACAAGUUGAAAGCGAAUAGAAUACGCAUGGUUCUAACGGGUGAUUUUUUUGAGGUUAGGAUUUUCAUGCAUUAGUAUUUGACAGAUCACGUGGGAUUUCAGACAUGGUGUCAAAGAGAAAGAUGCUCAGUAUGCUUUGACAUUUCAUCAUGAAUAGACUUACUAACGAGCAACGCUUGCAAAUCAUUGAAUUUUAUUACCAAAAUCAGUGUUCGGUUCGAAAUGUGUUUCGCGCUUUACGUCCGAUUUAUGGUCUACAUAAUCGACCAAGUGAGCAAACAAUUAAUGCGAUUGUGACCAAGUUUCGCACUCAGUUUACUUUAUUGGACAUUAAACCAACCACACGAAUGCGUACAGUGCGUACAGAAGAGAAUAUUGCGUCUGUUUCUGAGAGUGUGGCUGAAGACCGUGAAAUGUCGAUUCGUCGCCGUUCGCAGCAAUUGGGUUUGUGUUAUACGACCACAUGGAAGAUUUUACGCAAAGAUCUUGGUGUAAAACCGUAUAAAAUACAGCUCGUGCAAGAACUGAAGCCGAACGAUCUGCCACAACGUCGAAUUUUCAGUGAAUGGGCCCUAGAAAAGUUGGCAGAAAAUCCGCUUUUUUAUCGACAAAUUUUGUUCAGCGAUGAGGCUCAUUUCUGGUUGAAUGGCUACGUAAAUAAGCAAAAUUGCCGCAUUUGGGGUGAAGAGCAACCAGAAGCCGUUCAAGAACUGCCCAUGCAUCCCGAAAAAUGCACUGUUUGGUGUGGUUUGUACGCUGGUGGAAUCAUUGGACCGUAUUUUUUCAAAGAUGCUGUUGGACGCAACGUUACGGUGAAUGGCGAUCGCUAUCGUUCGAUGCUAACAAACUUUUUGUUGCCAAAAAUGGAAGAACUGAACUUGGUUGACAUGUGGUUUCAACAAGAUGGCGCUACAUGCCACACAGCUCGCGAUUCUAUGGCCAUUUUGAGGGAAAACUUCGGACAACAAUUCAUCUCAAGAAAUGGACCCGUAAGUUGGCCACCAAGAUCAUGCGAUUUAACGCCUUUAGACUAUUUUUUGUGGGGCUACGUCAAGUCUAAAGUCUACAGAAAUAAGCCAGCAACUAUUCCAGCUUUGGAAGACAACAUUUCCGAAGAAAUUCGGGCUAUUCCGGCCGAAAUGCUCGAAAAAGUUGCCCAAAAUUGGACUUUCCGAAUGGACCACCUAAGACGCAGCCGCGGUCAACAUUUAAAUGAAAUUAUCUUCAAAAAGUAAAUGUCAUGAACCAAUCUAACGUUUCAAAUAAAGAACCGAUGAGAUUUUGCAAAUUUUAUGCGUUUUUUUUUUUAAAAAGUUAUCAAGCUCUUAAAAAAUCACCCUUUAUAAUAUUGUUAAUAGCUACUUGUGGAAUGCUUAACCAGGCUUGUUUUUCAGUUUCGAACAAUUUGUUUUUAUCUCCAUUCACUUCUUCUCUGUCUAUCCUUCUAUUUGUUAUAUACCAAAGAUUUUCAAAAGGAUUGAGAUCCGGCGAUUGAGCUUGCCACUUUAGGGCAUUAAUAUUUUGAGCUACGAACCCAUUUGUUACUGGUUUCGACGUGGGCUUUGGGUCGUGUCGUGUUGAAACGACCAUGAAAGUGGCAUAUACCAUUUGGCAUGCGGAAGCAUCACGUUCUCAAAACUAUUCUUGUAUAUCAAUCGACCCAUAUUGCAAUUGAGUCGAUGAAAAGGUUUAAUGCCAAGCCCGGAAAAACAUCCUCAUUCCAUAAUGCCACCUCCAAGAUGCUUAACCGAGUCUUGACAGUAUUGGGUAUCUGUCUCUUAUUUUUGGUUGGCGAACUCUUCUCAUUCCGUCUGAAUUUUUCAAAUUAAAUUUUGAUUCAUCAGAGAAAAGUAUUGUUUUCCAUUGUUUCACUGAUCAGUUGAUAUGUUCCCGAGUAAAUUGUAAUCUUCUUUGUCGUUUUUUCUUGAUAUAAAACGCUUUUUAGUUGUCCCAUAACUUGUUAGCCCACCUGCACAUGCUCUUCUUGUACAGUAUGGCUUGAACUUUCAAAUUGAAAGCUUUAACCCAGCUCGCUGCCGACAAAUAAGGAAACUAUUUUAGUUCUCUAAGUGUUUUUGAAUCAUCAUGUCGUGUUCUAGCUUUGGGUCGUCUUCCACGAUGGCUAGUUUUCACAGAUCCACUGUCCCUAACUUUCUUUAUAAUAAAGGUCACUGUGGAUUUGUUAAUAUAAAAUUUGUUACAAAUGUCUUUUUGUGAUAAUUCAUUCAUGUAAUCUGUUUAAAUGAGUUAAGCAUCCACCCCCUCUACUCGGUAAAACUGGCGCAUCCUAAUGCUAUGUACAUCGCAAGUCACCACAGCUGAUGGCACUACAACACACCACACAACAGCUGUACCCCAACCCAACCAACAAAAGGAAUGGACAACGGGAAAGCUUUCAACAUUCGAUAUAUACAAGCCGCGCAGUUACAUACAAUUCGACAUAUAGUUCGCCCAUCAACACAUCAAGAUUCGUUAUAUAUACUUUUGGUUUGCGACCCCAAUGCGGCACGCUGCAGUUGGCACCACAUACGACCCCGUUGAAUUUGAUUACCUUCAUGGACCUCCGAAAUAAAUAAACAUUUAACUUAAAGAAAAAUAUCGUUUAUAUAAAGUUAAAUAUUUUCCAAAUAAAUUACGUUGUAUAUUACACAAAUCUGUUACACAAGUAAACGGGUAUUUUUUAUUUAAUAUGGGUGGAUAACUAUUCGAUUUAACCCAGUUCAGUUUAUACAUAUGUUCAUAUGCACAUAGUGAUUACCAAAGUAAGAAUAAUGAUAUGGUGGUUACAAAAAUAAACAUGGUCCUUCGAGCCUUAAAGAAAGGCACUAUAGAUUAACAGCAAUAAAUUGUGAAAAGAAAAUAGCACGGUGAAGUAACAAAUGACAAUGUACAAAUACAAAACAUAAUUAAUAUAUAAAUACAUAUGUACAUAUGCUAGUGUGGUGAGCAAAUAAAAACAGAAAAAAAAGAAAACACAAAAACAGCUGUAAUACAAAAAGCAUAUGUACAUACUCACAUAUGAAAACCUAAGAGUGCGCUGUGUUCAUAUUUACAAUAAAAACCACAAAAGACAAAGACAAUCGGGCGCGAAAACUUAUAGCAAAACAUAAAUAAAAACAAAAUAAAACAAAUAAAUCGGCGGGAAAUCUAAAAAUGCGCAAACAAUUAAAACAAAAAAAACCCCGAAACAUACUAUAAAACAAAACAAAGUGCAGUACAAAAACAACAAAAAAAGCAAUUGGUACAUACAGAUGCGUGCAACUUAUUAACAACACUAGUAGGAAAAAUACAAAUCGGUUGAUACUUUGAUUUCCGAAAUAUUUUUUUUUAACUAUAUGUCUUAAAGAUAAAUUGUGCAUAUUUAGUUUUGCAAACAAAAAACAGCCAAAUAAAAGUGCGCAGUGCAAAAUAUAAAGUGCAGUGACUCAAACAGAACAAAAAAAAACCAAACAAACAAAAGAAAAAAAAAUAAAUAAAAAAAAAUAAAUAAAUAAAAAGAGGUGUCACACAAACAAAAACACAUAUAAUGCAAAAUUAGUGCAUACAUUAAAAAACAAAAACUGGUGCAGUUCGGUGAAAUGACAAAAUAAUAACUAAUAGAUGUUAUGUUUACAUAUGUAUACAACAAAAGUCAAACAAUAAAAAAGUAUAGUGGAGCAAAACAAACUCGUCAACUCGCCAAGACUCGUCAAAAAUAUAUGCAUAUAUGCUAAGCUGCGGAGACAAAAACAUUAACUUACAAAAACAAAAUACACAAGACUUUACAAACACAAAAAAAAAAUUAAUCGUGCGCGAAAAGUUAAAGCACCUAAACAAUAAGACAAACAAAAAACGAAAGAAACGGGCGCGAUUAGUAAAACAAAUAAACUUACAUACCAACAAAAUAACAGCACAAGGAGACAGCCAGCUGGAGCAAAGAAAAAGGAACAAAACGCAUUAGCGCAACAUCUGUACAUAUACCCAGCAAACCAUAUCAUACCAAUAUAUUUACCAAGUGAGCGUAUCAAGUCCUUUAAUAUAUUAUAUGCACAUACAUAUGUAUGUAUAUGUUGGAAUAUAAAACCUAUGACAAAUUCCAUUUAACAAUUUAAAGCGCUUACCAAACGGUUAAUUUUUGGAUUUAAUUUACCGGGAAAUCCGAAAACUGUUUAGUUUAUACAUAUGUACAUACACGUAUGCAUACAUACAUAAAUACAAUUAUUAAAUUUUUCGUUGCCUAUGUACUCGUACUAGCUUACGUUCGUGUAUUAAAAUACACAUAUUACAUACCAAAACAAAAUUCAAUUUACUUCCCAUAUUUUCCGGCAUAAGUGCAUAAUCUAUAUGGAUAUUUAAAAGUACAAAACAAAAAACAAAUCGCAGUUAAACAAAAAUUGCGCACGCACAUAUACACAUAUUCAAAGUCCAAUUUUUCAGCAAUACCUCUUGUUCUUUGGAAAACAAAAACAAGCAGGAUUGCAGGCAAAACAGCGAAUUGAUCUCUCGAACGAGCUCUCAAUCGCUUAAGAAUAUAAACACAUAAAACAUAAGUACAUAUAUACGCAUAUAAUACAAGUAC